CUGUCUGUCUGGGUUUCACCCAUCACAUCUUCAUCACAUUCGGACAUAUAUCAUUACUGUUUUCCACCUCUCCAGCCACUGUCAUCGCCUGUUUUUCGAUCCAGGAUAAUCAUCUGCCUUUUUGCCGUCGCGUGGUCCAGUAUCUGUGUUUCGGCAGCAGAAAUGGAAAACAGCUCGACGACGACUUGUCCAUUUGACACACAGGGCUACAGUUCAACAUUUAAGCGGAAACGGACAGUGGAAGAUUUCAACAAGUUCUGCACUUUUGUGCUCGCCUAUGCCGGUUAUAUUCCUUAUCCACAGGAGGAGGCGCACUUGAGAAACAGCUCUAGUCCUCCCAACAGCACCGGCAGCACUGCAGACAGCGACGGAUGGGAAAACCAGAGGCUUGGCUGCGGCCUCUCGUCUCCGGACGAGCCCUCCCCCAAAAACCGCAAAAGCUUUGCUGGAUUCAAGAGACCCACGAGCGAGGAUUCCGAGCCUCAGAAGCGUCCAAAAUCAGCAGGUCUUCUCCUGGAGGGUCGAACAAAGGCUGAUAAAGCGAAAAAGAAGAAGAAGAAGCUUAGGAAAAGCAAGGAUGAGGAAUUGAGAUCUUUCGCCCCAUUUUCUCCUCCCGUUGCUGAAGGCCAGAUUUCUAAUUAUGGAUGUACCAUCAAAGAAGAACCAGAAGAUUACCUGAGCAUCUCUCUACCCACCGACAGCACGGGUAGCAACCAGCCUUUGCGCAAUGGCACAAGUUCAAAACCUGCUUCGAGUUCACCAGCUACUCCAACGUGCAAAGAGGAGCCUGAUGUUGGCAGUCACUGCUGGAAAAGUCCAAAGUCAGAGGAUGUCGAAAAUCCCUUAAAAGACGAAGAAGCGGUUGUCUUGAAGCACAAAGGUUUUCCUGGUAAAAGGACCGUGGUCCGUCAGGGGAAACAGGUGGUGUUUAGAGAUGAGGACGGAUCGGGGGAUGAUGAGGACAUCAUGGUGGAUUCAGAUGAUGACUCCUGGGACCUAGUGACGUGUUUCUGCAUGAAGCCGUUUGCCGGGAGGGCGAUGAUCGAAUGCAACCAGUGCAACACUUGGAUCCAUCUCUCAUGUGCCAAAAUCCGUAAGUCCAACGUCCCCGAGACGUACAUCUGCCAGAGGUGCAAAGACUCAAAGUUUGACAUUCGCCGCUCCAAUCGUUCACGAGUGGGCCCUCGAAAACACCUCCUGGACUGACGCCGCUCUCUUCGUCCUGCCCAUCCACAUCUACAGAAACUCGUAAAAUCCUCUUCUUGAAGAAGAGACUCGAUGAGUUCGGAGGAGCAGGGGGCUCGGCGACCUGCUUUUUUUUUUGUGUGUGUGUUUUUAAUAUUUCUUACCUUCCUAAAUGUUUGCGUCAGGCAAUCAAUACAAGGAUAAUGCAUUAACUGGAGCAGAUCUCUGCUGGACAGACGGACGGAUGGAGUUGUGACGGUACACAGCUGUACGUCAUACACACUCUGAGUUGUACUGGAAAGAAGAGACCGGGGUGUCUGAUUGCACUUUUUUUAAGAACAAAGGGGUAGCUAGAGAUUCCCUUUUGUACCCAUAGCUUUCAAAAGUACGUCUAUUUGUCAAAGUCUGUAUAUUAUAUGAAAUAACCAUGAGAUAUUAGUGUUCGAGGUGUUUAGUCUCAUUUUGUGUGAGACCCCCAAACGUGUGUGAGAUACACAGUUCUGAUUGGUGGAUAAUGUUGAUGAAGUUUUCAUCAGCAAUCACUGAUGUCGAGUGAAACGGUUUUUGCUGCAUUGUGGUAUUUCUUGAUUCUUAUUUUUAUUUUUGCCAACAAAUUGGUGAUAACUAGAGACUAUGCGCGUCAUUUCUUUUUCUUGAUUUAGAAAUUCUGAUCACUUCUGCAUUUUUUUUGCCCUUCAAUGAACAAGAAUUUUGUUUGCAUGUUGUAAUUAUAUAUUAUUUUUCCAAAAGUAGAUGUUUAAUAUGGUAAUUAUGUAAAUUAUAUGAAAGUUGUUACAGGUUAGGGAAGGGAUGGAUAACCUUACUCGGCGAAUCUCAGAAUCUCACAAAAACAUACCCAAGUCUUGUUUCACCUCAACAUUUAUGAAUUAUUUAGUUACUAAAUAUAUAUAUAUAUAACUUAACUUCCUCACUACAUUAUCAGUGGUGGUUCUAUUUAGAUUAUCAUUACUGUAAAAACAAAUGUAGCCUUUUCUAUUUUGUCAAAAAUAGUGACGGUGCAAAUUUAGUGAUGAAGUAUUUCUUGGCCACGUUCUUGUCAGGUUUUUUUGAGAUUCACUGUACUGCCAAAGGGAAGAACUUUUUUUUUUUUUUCUUGCAUAUGCUGAAAAUGACAUGGCUUACUUAGUGGUAGUCAUAUAUACAUUCAAAACACUGUAUGAGUAUUAUUUGGUCUACGAAUCUCGGGUACUUGUAUGUAUUCAGAUGGAUCUUUCAUAAGGGUGUAAUUCCUGUUAACCACUGUGACCGGGUUUAACAUGGUUAAUAAUCUAGGAGUCUGCUUUCAUGUUCAUAGGCACGCUCUGAUUUAAAAAAAAAAAAAAAAAAAAAAGUGCGAUUGUGUCAUAUUAGCUGCUCCACUUUCAUGACAAAGCAUUAGUUUGUUUCUUGAAGACUUUUUUUUUUUUCACGUUAGUUUGUUUUCAUCUUCAGAAUGUACUCUUCUGGUAGGUGAGAUAAACAACGCAGGGAAGAGAAAUGAUUCGGCACCUUUAAUAUGAUUAUUUAAUAUAUGUUAGCUUUCCACUUUUAAUAGUUUGCAUGUCUAGCCUUAAAGCUUUUAACAUUUUUAGAUUUCGGCAUAACAAUUUAUCCAUGUACCAAGUAUUCUCUUUCGUUUCCCUUUUUAUUUUUUUCAUACAAGACCAGUAAUGCCGAUAGUUUAUGAAAAUAACUGAUAAUUUGCAAAAUUGGCCUGUUAUGUUUUUUUUUUUCUGACGAGGCAGUGGACAGUCUCCACCGUGAUUUAUAUUUUUUGCACGUUAAACCUGGAUGUCCUCUAAAGCAUUUUGUCUUCCUCUCAAAGGACGUUUUGUAGGCUUUUUAUUGAACAAGCUAGCUUUUCAUUGUUUCGUGAAAAAAAAAAAAAAAGUGUCGCUUGUUAAAUUGAAGUGCUUUAUGUCGAUGCUAUCUUUUUUUUUUUUUAAACCAUUUAUCAAGGGAUCAUAGAAGGUGAUUUUGUACAUUUUGUUUUGUAUAAUUGCGCGUUCAUGCAGUAUGGCUGAUGUUUCGGGGCUGUUUGUGUGCUAGAAGAAGAACCGCUAAAGUUUGAGUUCCCAGUUACGCCGAGUCCAAUGAAAAGAAAGAGUGAUGUUUCUGUGAAACUUCUUGUAAACCGUUGUAAAUAAAGAGAUGAUUUUAAUGACGA